AUGACCGGAACUGAUUUGCGAAUGACCCAAGUUACUUCAGAAUGGGCGAAGAUAUUUACAGACAAUGUUACUGAUAACUACACAAAUUCAAUGCUUUUUAUGAAGCAAUUAACGUGCAUCGCGGUCAGUACGAUACUGUACAUGAAGAAUGCUUUCUCUGAAGAAAACUACCAUACAGAAACUUUUGCAAACAUAAAGUUGCGACUAUUAAAGAAAACCUGCAGCGAUGAAACAGCACAGUUUGUUAGUUCGUCUUUGCUUGCAGCUUUAUGUGCCGUCGAAAAGAAAUAUCUAGACUCAAUAGCUCUAUGCUUUUACGAGGGCGAAGAUACAGCGAACAAUUUAUUAGAAUAUCACAUAUUUAAAUAUUACUAUAAAUCUGGCGAGGCGACAAUGACUAUCAGUUCAAAAAGCAAAGAUUCAGAGAGACGCACGUCCUGUACAUUACAGGAUGUCAAGAAGAAAACCUUACAAUUAAUUCGGGCAUGUAUGGUUUUUAUGAGUUGUUCAAACUUAUUUACCGAAAAUACUAACAUCGGCAUUCGAAUUUAUUUUACUUCAGACGCACCCGACGGCUACCAAGUGCCUGGUUUCACAUUCGUGGACGAAGAUAUAGAUCCUUUAAGUCUAACUAUGAGCGAAUCCAUCAAAUUGGCUUGUGUCGAGACGCCAUAUCAUUCGCUAACAGCACGCGGCUAUAGAAGCUGUACAUUCAAGGACAGCAAUGAGGCGUAUGCAUCUCAAAAUGUGCCGGUCCUCACAAAUGACACGGAUUUUUCUGAUGCAAUUGAAUCAAAAUGGAAUUGUCCAUGCAAUAAAUACAACGAUAACUGCGAUACAGCACUGCUUACAUGCCGAUACUGCAAGUGUCUUCAACACGCUGUAUGUUAUGGUAUUCCUGACGAGAAUGCCGUGGACGUCACAGGCCACUGUUGCAUACAGUGCUAUGAUAAUGAUAAGACAAGAAAUCCUACUGACUUUAGCCUAACCACGAUGGCCAUUAAGAAAAGAUCCUCCGUUUGCCUGUUCCGACGUGCGCUCGCGGUGUCUCUGCAAAUGGCAACUGUAGGUUCAGAGGACUUUGUUCGUAAUCUCGAGUUAUCUGAGCAAAGUGCUGUUAAUCUCCUGAAAACAUUUUUCUCAUACGGAAUUAUUAAGGAGUCCCAACCCAUGUGA